AUGCAAUCAUCCAAAGGUCUUAUUGCCGAAGCAACCAUCGCAGUCGACGCUAAUUCUAACAACGAAAAAAUACUACGAGCAGAUGAAGACACCACUACAGCAACGGAUACCACCGCAGAAACUGAUACCACUACAGGCACUGAUACCACUACAAUAACUGAUACGACCACAGGUACGGAUAAGACCACAGGCACUGAUACCACGACAGACAUUGAUACCACUACAGAAACUGAUACCAACACAGGCACUGAUACUACUACAGCAACUGAUACCACCACAGCAAUUGAUACCACCACAGCAACUGAUACCAUCACAGGCACUGAUACCACUACAGAAACUGAUACCUCCACAGGCACUACUACCACCACAGGCACUGAUACCAACACAGGCACUGGUACCACUACAGCAACAAGUGUCACUACAACGACAACAAAUGAUACCAUUACACCAGUCUCUCCUCCAUCAAAUAAAUCCAAUAUUCCACUAAUUUUGGGUCUUUCACUAGGAUUAGGAAUUCCACUUAUUCUUGUAACAAUUGCUUUUAUCGUUUAUUAUGUUAGGGUGCACAGCCGUGAAAGACAAUAUCGUAACGAUUCCACUGAGUUUGAUAUUCCAAGGAUAUAUUCGACUGAUCGAUAUGAUGGUCACAAUGAAAUCUUAACUACUGUUUUUUAA